UUGUUCAUGUCGCAAAGGCGUCAUUUUCUAAAAUUGUUCUGCGUUCGUUGGUUCCGUGCGAGAGGACUACUCAAUGGGAAGAAUGAAAGGGGACAAACGCCUCUCCAUUUACUUGCUGAUUUCCAAAUGGAUCAUGGUACAGAUUUCAUAAUGAGUCAAAAGGUAGAUAAGAUGGCACUUAAUGAAGAUAAUUUAACCGCCACAGACAUAAUAUCAUCAGCCAAGGACUCUCUCGGAAGACAGGACUCAAUCCUAAGAAAAUUGAAGAGUGUCAAAGCUAGGGCUGGACCUUUGGGUUGGCAGUGGAUCCUCAAGGCCAUCAACGAAAACAAAGGUGAGAAAAGAAGCGAAGACAGAGGUGUGAGGGAAAGCGAAGACCAAGGAAGUGUGAAUAGAAGCAAAGACAAAGGUUUCAGCUUGCCUGGUGGGUAUGAGGACGAUGAUAGCAUGGCCAUUUUAAGCAAAAAAACAGCUUUCAAAAUAUUUGUUGUGGCGGAUACCACAGCCUUGGUGCUUUCCAUGGCUGCUGUUUGCGUCUAUUUCUUCAUGACGUUAAAUAAUCGGAAGGAGGUCCUCCAUGACUUCUUGAACUGGGGAUUUAAUCUAUCCAUGUAUGCCAUGGCAGCGAUGAUGAUUGCAUUCAUGAUGGGCCUCUACACCGUGUUGCCAGAUUCUGCAUGGCUUGUAGUUUUCGUUUGGGCCAUUUGUGGCUGUUUUUUCAUCUUCUUUUCUUAUAUACUUCGGAAGUUCUAUUCAUCAUGGAAGGUGAUGAUAAAAUCAAGUUUCUGGCUUAGAAAGUUCAAAUUAUUUGUUAUAAAGGGGCAACAACUUCCACUGAUGCGGCGGGGAAACGGUUUGUUUUAGGCACCUCACUUGGUUGUCAAUUGUGCCAUCUAUUGGAUUGUUGCCUUUUCAGCUUGUCCUGUCCUUGGGAAGUUUUAUUUAUC